AUGGAGAGGGGGAACCAUACAGUUACUGAGUUCAUCCUCUUGGGCUUCACUUCUCACCCUGUCAAGCAGCUGGUCCUGUUUGUGAUGUUUCUCAUCAUGUACACACUGACUGUGGCAGGAAACAGCACACUCAUCUUGUUGAUCUGCAAUGACUCCCGGCUCCACACACCCAUGUAUUUCUUCAUUGGAAACCUAUCUUUUCUUGAUCUCUGGUUGUCCACUGUCUACACUCCAAAGAUCCUAGUGAUAUGCAUCUCUGAAGACAAGAGCAUCUCCUUUGCUGGCUGUGUGGCUCAGUUCUUCUUCUCUGCUGGACUGGACUAUAGUGAGUGCUAUCUGCUGGCUGCUAUGGCUUAUGACCGCUAUAUGGCCAUCUCAAAGCCACUGCUUUAUUCUCAGGCCAUGUCCAUAAAAUUAUGUGCAUUCUUUGUAGCAGCCUCUUAUAUGGGUGGCUUUAUUAACUCUUCCAUCAUAACCAAAAAAACUUUUACCUUUGACUUUUGCAACGACAACAUUAUUGAUGACUUUUUCUGUGACUUGCUUCCCUUGGUAAAACUGGCUUGUGGUGGCAAGGAAGGAUACCAGGCAUUGAUGUACUUCCUCCUGACCUCCAACGUCAUGAUGCCCGUUGCCCUAAUCCUGGCCUCCUACCUCUUCAUAAUUGCCACCAUCCUGAGAAUUCGAACCACACAGGGCCGCCUCAAGGCCUUCUCCACCUGUUCCUCCCACCUCAUCUCUGUGACCUUGUACUAUGGCUCCAUCCUCUACACCUACUCUCGACCCCGCACAAGCUGUUCUUUAGAGACAGACAAAAUUGUUUCAACAUUUUACACAGUGGUUUUCCCCAUGUUGAAUCCCUUGAUCUACAGCCUGAGGAAUAAGGAUGUGAAAGAGGCUCUGAAUAAACUUUUCAAGUAA